UCCUCCAUAUGUGACAAACUUUUGUAUGCCAAGGUAGUUCUAAGCAACCUCAACAUUAUUCUUUGAAUUCAGACACAUUUUACUAUCUUUUUGUAAGACACAUAGUUUAGAGAAAAUUAAGGAACACAACCUUACAACGUUUGAUUACAAGGGUAUGCAAAGAGGUAAGAUGAAGCUAGAUGAGGAUCUUGGUCCUGACCGUCAGGAUGAUUUUCAAACGGAUGAUGAAGAAAAUCAAGCAGAUAGGGUUUUUGAAAAUUUGGAUGAUUCUGAAUCAGAUAAUUCACCUCCUGCACGAAAUUUAUCCAAUGAAAUUUACUUUAAUACCACAUGGCCUCAAACCUAUAGGACAUCUAUGGACAUGUUAACAAAUGUAAGUGUAACACCACCAGGAAUAAGUUUCCUAAAGCUUAUUGGAUCAGCAGGGAAGAAUAGUUACCUCUCUAAGGAAUGCCAUGAUGAUAAUUCAAAUUCAUUGAUUGUACCUCUUGUUUAUGAGGAAACAUCUGUCAAACAAGAGAAACCUACUUCAGUAUCUCAUGUUCAAUCACUUAUCAGCACUCCUAAAAUUUCUGCCACUGAAUUUCCACCAACACAGAGGCAAUGUUCCUUUGCUCAAUCAGUAAUAAAUGGAACCAAUAUAUUAUGUGGGAUAGGAAUGAUGACCAUUCCAUAUGCAAUAAAAGAAGGAGGGUGGUUGAGCUUUUUAUUACUGCUAAUGUUUGCUGCGAUUUGUUGCUAUACUGGAAUUUUAUUGUUGAGAUGUUUACAGAGCCAUCCUGGAGUUAAUAGUUAUCCAGAUAUUGGCCAGGCUGCUUUCGGAAUCGCUGGUCGAUUGGGAAUCUCGAUCAUUUUAUACAUGGAACUAUUUGCUUCUUGUGUUGAGUUUUUAAUACUUGUAAGUGAUAACCUCACAUCACUUUUCCCCAAUACAUCCAUGACCUUAGCAGGAACUCAACUUAGUUCACAUCAAGUUUUUGCCAUCACUGCAGCUCUUCUUGUUCUACCAACAGUUUGGUUGAAAAAUCUAAGCCUGCUUUCAUAUAUUUCAGUUGGAGGAAUAUUUGCAACAUUACUUGUAGCACUAUGCUUGUUUUGGGUUGGAGCUGUAGACCAAAUUGGAUUUAAUCCAGGAGGAAAAAUUUUAGACAUUGAAAACCUAUCUGUAUCAAUUGGUCUCUUUGGUUUUGGAUUUGCUGGCCAUGCAGUUUUUCCAAAUGUCUACUCUUCCAUGAAGGAGCCAUCCAAAUUCCCAUUAGUUCUAUAUAUCAGUUUUGCUUUCUGUCUUGUUAUGUACGUAAGUGUAGGAACAUAUGGAUAUUUAUUGUUUGGUGACUCAGUUGGAUCUCAGUUUACCUUAAACAUGCCCAAAACAUUAUAUGCAUCCAAAAUAGCCAAAUGGACAACUGUUGUGACCCCUUUGGCAAAAUUUGCCUUAACAUUAUUGCCUAUUUCAUCAAGCAUAGAGGAACUUGUACCCUCUCCUAGGCUAAGAUGUUAUGCUAUGUCUAUUCUUAUCAGAACAAUUUUAGUGAUUUUAAGUUUAAUUGUGGCCCUCUGUGUUCCAUAUUUUGGUUCUGUGAUGGCACUAAUUGGUUCUUUCAUGUCAAUGCUAGUUGCACUUAUUUAUCCAUGUGCAUGUUAUCUCAAGCUACAUAGGGGUAAAUUAUCAAAUAUCGAGAUAAUAAAUUGCAUUUUAAUCAUUAUUGUGGGGUUGGUAAGCGCUAUGGUAGGAACAUAUUCAGCAACUACAAGAAUAUUUGACGGCAGUGGAGACUAAUUGAUAAAAUGUUCUUUUUUUUUUUUUUAUGUAAAACCCACUUUUUUUUGGGGUUAGUUUUGGAUAUUAAGACUUUAAGAUAUAGAAGUCAAAAUUGUUUGUUGCUUGUUGUGUUUGUCUUUUUGGAUUUGAACAAACUAUAGUUUAUCUGUAGUUGAGAAAAGGAUCAAUAUAGCUUGUAAGAUCAUAGUUUUGAAGGAUUAAUAUAGUUUGUAGAAUGUUCCUUUAGA